GUGAAGGAACCACCAACCUAUUUAAAAAAGAAUAUUGAGACGACAGAGAGGGACAUGUGUAAAUCUUCUACAGUAUUCCCAGUGGCUGCAGCCGGCAGGAAAGUUCCAGAAAGAAACACAUACCCUAUAGUGUCUUCAACGGUCUUUAAAAGGUCAACCAGUGUUAUUGUUUGCAAGGAUGAGGUUGCUAGACUAAAAAAUCUUCAAAGUAUUUCAAAAAUAAAAUCAAGUACAUUGCGAAUACACCUCAAGCUAAACCAACAGAAGAACAGUAAUGUAGGGGUUUUGCAACCGUCUAAGAGGACAGAAUUAUUAGACAAGGAGACUAAUGAAAGAACCUCAAAGAACAGGUCGAAUACUAAGAACGUCACCUUUCAAGAGGAAUUAGACAUAAUUAAAGAAACAUUAGAUGAAGUUGAAACAUUGAUAGAUGUACAGUCUAAAAGGAACGAAAAGAUUUAUUCAAAAUUUCACAGUUACGUGAAAUCUGAAGAAGAAAUCAAUGUAGAAUCACCUAAACGUUCCAAAGGUCUGUACGACCUAUUAGACUACUUAUUUAUGCUUCAAUGGAUACCAACGCAGUAUCUAAAUAUACUGCCAGUGACCUUGAAUACUUAUUUCGAUAGCUUAUCUUCUGGUAGUGCAAUAUCUACGGACGAAUCCAUGUCAAAUGGUCUUCUACGACUUCAUUCAUUUAACAAUUUCCCUCGAACCGUAGACAUAUUUGUGAGUAAUUUAUCUAAAGCAGGAUUUUAUUUCACAGGAAGCGAUGAUAACGUACAGUGUUACGCAUGUGGAAUAACAUACCGGAACUGGAAACGUGGCGAUAUUCCGAUAGAAAUACACAGACGACUCUCACCCUUAUGUCCCCAUAUUCGAAACUGUAAUUCUGUUGCUAUAGAUACAAAUGAACAGCAACACAUACCUUCUCAGGAUGCAAGAUUAACUAAUAUACCAACACAAUCUGUUUUUAUACCAAGCAUUAAUGUACAACAAUCUAUAGGAAUACAACAAAGUGGGUGUAUGUCUGAGGGACGAAAUUUAAAUCCCAUAACGCAAAAUUCUACUUUUAAUUCAAGCGGAGCAACAGGUCACAAUCAAUCAAUUGGAAAUGAUAAUAUCAAAUACGCGGAGCCGAAACCAAGCAGGAAUGCAGUCAAUUUGGAACAUAUAGAUAACAAAAAAGACACAUGCUCAGAACCGGAAGUGAAUAACACUCUUAGCCAUGGAGCAUGUGGCUGUUAUGAAUCAUCAAGUUCAAGCAGAAUAAGUAGCAAUGCCAAUUCUUCAUUUGGAAUCGAUCUCGAUAAUCCCAGAUACCCGAAUUACGCUGCUUUACAAGUGAGAAUCAGCUCCUUUCAGGGAUGGCCAUCGUAUUUAGACCAGACACCAAAACAAAUGGCAACAGCUGGUUUCCUGUUUGCUGGUUACCAGGACUACACUAGAUGUUUCUUCUGUGGCGGUGGACUUCGAAAUUGGGAAACAGGUGACGAUCCAUGGGUGGAACAUGCUAGAUGGUUUCCGAAGUGCUCUUACCUACGUCAGAACAAGGGUGAUAGGUUUAUAAAAGCCGUUCAAGAUAAACAUGAACAAUUGAACAAAGAAGAAAGUAAGAAAAGUGAUCAAAUUACAUCCUUUCAAACGACAGAAACAACUCAAAACGGUUCCAAUUUACUUUCACACAGCAAUCCACAACAAAGAAGCAGUCCCAGCUAUCUUGAUACAGCAGCAGCCAUGAGUGUCUUAGAGAUGGGUUACACACAAGAACAGGUGCUUCGAGUUAUCCAGCAAUUAUUACGGGAUAAACCAGAUGGAACAUACACAGCAACUGAUAUCAUGAGUAUUUUACUGGAGAAUGAACAACCGAACGUUGACUCAACUAAUGCAGUUAGGCACGAUUCAUCUGCUAAUGAUUUGUCACUCAAUGCAACUUCACAAGGAAAUAAUAUACCUGAACCCCUUAUAAAUAAUUUGAGUGAAUCAAAUUUGGACGAUGCGGAGUCAUUAAUUGAAGAAAAUAGACAGCUACGAGAUCAACGUCUGUGUAAGAUUUGUCUUGAAUUGGAUGCCUCCAUAGCUUUCCUCCCUUGUGGACAUUUAGUUAGUUGUUCUGACUGCGCACCAGCUUUGCGCAGGUGUCCAAUGUGUAGGGCUUUUGUCAAAGGCACAGUCAAGACAUUCCUGGUCUAACAUGGUUUUCAAUCAUUUAGCAGACGCCCCCUUCAUCAUAAAACAUUAAAUUAGAUGUAUAUUGCCAGUACGUUACCAGUAAACAUCCUAAUGUAUAGCACCAGAGAUAAGAAAUGAUCCUAUCCAACAACAGUUUCAUUAUCCAAUAACUUAGUAUAAGAAGAUUACUGAAAUGAGGAGUCUAUCAAAACAGACAAAAUCAAGCAAAAUCAAAGUGGAGCGUCAAAAUUGAGCGUCAAAAUCAAAGUGGAGCGUCAAAGUGGAGCGUCAAAAUCAAAGUGGAGCAUCAAAAACAAAGUGGAGCGUCAAAAUCAAAGUGGAGCGUCAAAAUCAAAGUGGAGCGUCAAAAUGGCACGGGUUCAGACUGAAGAGAUGAAAAUACCAUGAAGCAAUGUGAUCGAUUACAGAAAGCUAAUUGCAAAGAUGAUCUUUAUGCCAUAAUAUAAAAAAAUAACAUAAACAAGAGAAAGACUGAAACAGAAAUUAAUAACAUUAGGCCUUUCAACAUUUUGUUAAAGCCAUACAGCAAAUUCAGCUCUAAUGUAAAAGGAAUGACAAAUUUAAGACAUUUAAAACGAGAAAAAAUAUCAGCCUAAUUUAUGUUCGAUAUGAUAUUCAGCGACAUACGACCUAAACCACUAGAUUGCCAGCUUCUUACUUAUAGUCAUACAAAUAUAUGUGUCACCAUAUUUAUACAAAUGAUUAUGAGUAAGAUUUAAAUAUACGUUUUUUUGGAUAGUCAACUUUAAUUUUACAUUGAGACUCUGAGAAAAAAAAUUCUAUUUGAAAAUAUGGAUAUUGUCUUGGGACUAUUAAUCAAAAAAAUAAUUUAUAUAUAUUAACUGUUUUGUUACCUUCCUUUAACAUGUACUUUCAUUAUUAGAGUCAAACUAUCAGCCGUUAUUACAAUAUAUUAUUAUAUCAUGUUUUUAUACACAUUGUGUAUUACCUGUUUUGUUACCUCCCCCUUUUUAUCAUAGACUUUUAUAAGAGUCUUACCAUCAGACUAUAAUUUAUUAUAAUAUAAUAAUGUUUUAUUUACAUUUUUUACAUAUCUAUUGUUUUGUUAUCUUCCAUUUAACAUGUACUUUCAUCAGAGUCAUACUUUCAUACAUCAUUAUA